CACGGAAAUUCAUGAAUGGACUUUAAAGAAAUCUCAGGAAUGUUACGUAUUUCAUUAAACAGGAUUAUUUUUUUAGUACAAAACUAAUGUGGUAUGAGCAGAUUUAUUCGAGUGUGAUAACAGUUGGCUGUGUGGUAAUAACAAUGUAUGCUAUGCUACCGGUCAAUCUGUUGGAAACCGGUCAUGCACAUCGUCGAUAUAUGCAUAGUUACAUGAUUUUCCUGAACAAACGAGAUUGGAACUUGACAGGCAAUAUGUACAAAGUUCAAGGACUUGAGUCGAUUCCGUCCGAAUCAUCGUCGUCAUAAAUUCUUUUUGAUCAUAUUUAUACACUUUUUGAGUACGUCUUUUGACUGUGUACUAUGUAUGACUCAACAAUUCAUGAUGUAGUUUUGAUUAUUCUGAUGUAGAAAUGUAAUAAAGUUGAAUUAAUACUGCUUGUUUGAAACACAAUGUUUUUCUCGAAC